UUAUAUAAAGGGUGUUGGACGGUCUAUAAUGUUCGUUAGUAGGGUUGGGGUUUUCGAGCCUGGCUGACGUUCGAGUCUUUUUUUUCGGGCCUCGUUUUUAUCGGAUCAAACCGAGCGAGCCUUUUUCGGGCCAAAAUUCGAUGCCCGACUCGAUUUUUCGGACCGGACUAAAAAUGGAAUUUUUAGCAAUCACCAAACGGCUCAAUAAACGGCUUAUUAAACGGCAUAAACAACGGUACCCAUAAACCAAUGAUGUUGUCUUCCCCAGCUGCCUCUACUGCUGCUUUGUCUUCCUCGCCUUCUUGCGCUUCUUCCCCCUCUUCAAAUUUGAAAGAAAUUUCUACACCUACCCCAGAUGUAGCUGUUGUUAGAUUAAAAUUGCUUAGGGUGGAAAUGCCGGAGGAUCAAUUACCUCAAAAUUGCCAGUUGAGUGACCUCAGCUGUGCAGUUAAUGUUAAAGAAAAGGUGGAGAUUAAUGGCGAAAACCGUUUAAUCCAAAAAAGAAAAACAAUGCAGCUACAAUGGGAAAAGUGUUUUGAUGUUGGCAUUCUACAAAAUCGGGUACUUCAAAUGCUUGUUCAAAACGACAAAACACUUGUUGCUGAUGCAACUAUGAGGCUUGAAGAUAUUGUUUGCAAAAGUAAAACUGAUGCAGUUACUCAUAUUUGGAUAAAUCUAAAACCUUGUGGGCGUAUUUUGGCCCAAACCUUAAAAAUCGGCAAUGGCUCCCAAGAUCAACUAUCAGAAGAAAGUGGUGCUUCUCAAAUGGCUACCCCAAAAGGGUUUGGUGAUGGAAUUUAUAGACGUAGAGGGGCUAUAAAACAUGCAAAAAUACAUGAAAUCAGAGGCCACGAGUUUGUUACAACCUCAUUCCGUCAAUUUACUUUUUGUUCAAUUUGUGGAGAAUUUAUGUGGGGCUUAAAUAAACAAGGAUAUCAAUGCCAACUUUCUGUCCACAAAAAAUGUCACGAAAAAACUCUAAGUCAAUGCCCAGGCUCAGCUAAAAAUACAAAAGAUACAAUUUACCUUAAAGAACGUUUCAAAAUUGACGUCCCUCAUCGUUUCAAACCGUAUAAUUUUAAAAGCCUAACAUUUUGUGAUCACUGCGGCUCUCUUCUAUAUGGGCUUUUUAGGCAAGGAUUGAAAUGUGAAGUUUGUGGCGUUAAUUGGUAA